CAGGAGCGGCGAGAGGGCGGGGACACGGUGGGGGGCGGGGACACGGUGGGAUGCGGGGUAUAAACGCGCGGCGCCUGCCGCGCAGAGCAGAGGAGCCAAGGAGCCCAGCAAAGCUGCGCCCCAGACCUUGUGGCGCAUCCCCGGAGGGCGGCCGGGAGGAGGGUCACCGCAGCGGUCCCGGGGCGCAAUCCCGGAGGGCGGCAGGGAGGAAGAGGGGCCAAUGCGCGCCUUGGCCACGUCCGGGCCCAACGCGUCCUGGUGGGCGCUGGCCAACACAUCGGGCUGUCCCGGCUGUGGCGCCAACACCUCGCACGGCCCGGCCCCGGCGCCGUGGCCCGUGGACGCCUGGCUCGUGCCGCUCUUCUUCGGGGCGCUGCUGCUGCUGGGCCUGGCAGGGAACUCGCUUGUCAUCUUCGUCAUCUGCCGCCAGAAGCAGAUGCGGACGGUGACCAACUUCUACAUCGCCAACCUGGCGGCCACCGACUUGACGUUUCUGCUGUGCUGCGUGCCCUUCACCGCUCUGCUCUACCCGCUGCCCGUCUGGGUGCUGGGCGACUUCAUGUGCAAGUUCCUCAACUACAUCCAGCAGGUCUCGGUGCAGGCCACGUGCGCCACCCUGACUGCCAUGAGCGUGGACCGCUGGUACGUGACCGUGUUCCCGCUGCGCGCCCUGCACCGCCGCACGCCCCGCCUGGCGCUGGCUGUCAGCCUCGGCAUCUGGGUGGGCUCCGCGGCCGUGUCGGCGCCGGUACUCGCCCUACAUCGCCUCUCGCCGGGACCGCGCACCUACUGCAGCGAGGCCUUCCCCAGCCGCGCCCUCGAGCGUGCCUUCGCGCUCUACAACCUGCUGGCGCUCUACCUGCUGCCCCUGGUCGCCACCUGUGCCUGCUACGGGGCCAUGCUGCGCCAUCUGGGCCGGGCCGCCGCGCGCCCCGCGCCGGGCGACAGCGCCCUGCAGGGGCAGCUGCUGGCAGAGCGAGCGGGCGCUGUGCGGGCCAAGGUCUCCAGGCUGGUGGCGGCCGUGGUCUUGCUGUUCGCCGCCUGCUGGGGCCCCAUCCAGCUGUUCCUGGUGCUGCAGGCGCUGGGCCCGGCGGGCGCCUGGCAUCCGCGCAGCUACGCAGCCUACGCGCUCAAGAUCUGGGCGCACUGCAUGUCCUACAGCAACUCGGCGCUGAACCCCCUGCUCUAUGCCUUCCUGGGCUCCCACUUCCGUCAGGCCUUCCGCCGCGCCUGCCCCUGCGCUCCCCGGCGGCCCCGCCGGUCUGGACCUUCGGACCUGGCCGCCCCUCAGACCGAGCUGCAGCGCCUGGCAGCCCAUCCGGCUCCCGCCAGGACCCCGAAGCCAGGCAGCGGUGGGCCCGGGCCGCACAGGCUGUGUGUCCUGAGGGAACACGCUGCCCCUCUCUGAGCCCCCUCUGGGGGGAUGAUGACGGGCCCCUCUGCAGCAGGCUCUGCUUGAACAGC